CAAUCCAUAGUGCAUUACUUUAUUUUUACUGUCUGACAACGAGAAAGUAUUUUAAUGGGUCACUGACGAAGCAAAUAACUCGUCGAAGUUUCGUUUAGAGAUAAUAAUUUCUAUUUCAUUUACAUUUAUGUAGUAUCUACGUACAGAGACUUGCGUAAUGAUGUAUUUCUUUUAAAUAAAAAGAAAGACUAACAAUGCUUUUUACAAUAAUCGGAGUUGGUGUUUUUGCAUAUGGAAUUAUUUAUACGAUACUCGUUUGUUUAGCUGAUUGUGAUUUACAAUUAGCAUUUUUCGAACGGUUCGGUAAAAAAAUUCGGAAUUUAAAGGGAAAAGUCGUUUUUAUUACUGGGGCUUCUAGUGGAAUUGGUGAAGGAACGGCUCUUGCCCUAGCCAAAAAUGGGGUUAAAUUAGUACUUGCAGCCAGGAGAUUGGCGGAACUUGAAAGAGUUAAGCAAAAAUGUUUAGAAAUUUCGAAUGGAUUACUAACCAGUGAAGAUGUGCUAAUCCUUCAAAUGGACAUGUUGGAUAUUAAAUCUCAUCAAAAAUACUUCGAUCUCGCCGUCCAACAUUUUGGAAAUGUCGAUAUUCUGUUUAAUAACGCAGGUCGCUCCCAAAGGGCAACCUGGGAAAAUAUUGAAUUGGACAUUCAUAAACAACUUUUUGAAUUGAACGUUUUUUCGGUUGUAAAUUUGACUUCCAUUGCUGUUAGGUAUUUCAAUUCAAAAGGAUCAGGGCAUGUUGCUGUUACAUCCAGUUUAGCUGGUGUAGUAGGGGUGCCGUUUUCUGGUUCUUAUACUGGAUCCAAACAUGCUAUUCACGGAUUCUUUAACUCUUUGAGAACAGAAAAAACAGGAAAAAAUCUAACUGUAUCUAUCAUAUGCCCAGGUCCUGUCUUUACGAAUUUUUUAUCAGAAAGCUUCACAGAGACAGUAGGAAAGAAGUAUGGGAUCAGUGCAAAACCUACAGAUCGAAGACUGACAAUGGAAAGAUGUGGUGAACUUUGUGCCAUAACGCUAGCCAAUCAAUUGGACGAAAGUUGGAUGGCUCUGUUUCCACUUAUUCCAUUCACAUAUACAGCGGUAUACUUUCCGCUAAUUUUUAAAACCACUCUAAAGAUCGUGGGUGUUAAUACACUAUUCAAGUUAAGAGACAGUAGUGAUAUCCAGUUAAUGACUGAGGCUAAAAAGAACUGAGAUUUCUUCGUUUUUCUUAAUGGUGGUGGUUUUUAUCUACUGUGGAUGGCUAUUAAAUUUUUAGCUUUUGCAUAUACAUAUACAGCUUCUUUUCUAUUUUACUACUUUCUGUAUUUCCUUUUUAAAAUUAUCAUCUGAUUAUUUUCAAAAGUGUGGGGUGUAACUACAUAAGUACAAUUAAUUACAUUUUUGUAGGAAAAUAAUUUAUACUUCGACUGAAAUUGUAUACUUUGUAUUAACUUUUAUGAGAUGAGAUAUUAUAAUGACAUAAUUA